UAUUUUUUUGAAGUGCAAAUUUGUACUAUCAUGUACAUAGGUACAUAUAGAAUUUUAAGAUCAUAAAAUUUUUAGGCAUUGUCAAGUGAAAUUUCAAUCUUGUAACGAAACCAUCAUUUGAAAAAAAACCAUUUGUAUGAUAGAACUGGUUUUAUUCCGAAGUUAUGGAUUCAAUAAACAACAAUAAUCGUUGAAUCCUCUAACGAAUUUUCGUUUUGCCAAUUCAAAUGGAAUUUAUUAACUGUGGCAAACGAAACAGAAAACGCAGACGUAAACGUCGUCUCAAUAGUAAGCAAUCCCACCAAAAAUUUGAGGUUAAAUCUGAGAAACGGCAAAAAAUAAGUAAAAACUCCAAGCAUUACAGUACUUACGCGACAAAAGAAAAAUUAAAAAACAAUACAAUGGAUGCUAAUGCUUUUUGGGAGAAUUAUAGUGCAGCCCACGAAUGGCAAAAGAGACACAACGUAACUUGGUGGAAAACACGAUGCUAUGCUUUAGAACAUGAAAAUCGUGUAUUGAAAGAAACUAUAAGAAAUUUGAUGCAAAGUUCAAACUCUAAAAGCCAUUCUGUGUUUGAAACAAACCAGCAUGAACAGUUUCAUGAAGAUAAUUUGGAUGAGGAAGAAGAAACUUGUACAGAUGAAAAUUUAGAAUUUCACGUGAAUGAAGAUAUGAUGACCUUUUUAACUCAAAGUAUUAGACAUAAGAUAGAAUUAAAAACUCAGAAAGAAAGUGAACUAUCGGAUCAAGAAUCUAAAGAUGAUGAUCAGCAAGCAGAAGAAAAUAUCUUCGAAAAAACUCGCAAGAGAAGUGAAAUAGCUAAACUAAUGUAUGGUGAAGCAAGUACAAAGAUUUUAGCUAUGGAAGCAGCUCUUCAAGCUACACUUGAUAGGCAUAUGGAAAAAUCAAAACCACAAUAUUGGCCCAAUAUACCGUUAAAACUAUAAAAA